UUGUUUAACUACAGAUUGUUAGCGGGUCGGUACUCGGCGGUCGGCACUAUGUCGUCUCCGCUUAGAUACCGUAUGCCUUGGAAAAUACAAAAGAAAUCGUCUGAGCCCGAUCGCUGGCUCGACGAGAUGGGUUUCUUUCGUAAGCACAUAGCAAGAGAUGCGAGUUGUCUGUUCAGGGCCGUAUCAGAAAAUGUAUACAGCUCUCAGCGCUAUUUUCACAAAGUUCGCAUGAAUACUAUUAAUUUUAUGACAUCGAAACGGCAUCUCUUCGAAGGGUCAUUGAUUUGUCCAUUUGAGAAUUACAUAAAGGAGAUGUCAAACCCGACCGAAUGGGGCGGGCUCCUUGAGGUAACAGCUAUGAGCCACUUGUUUAGACGAGAUUUUAUAAUAUUUGAAGCUACUAAGGGUUCACAAACCAAAAUGUGCAAUGGCUACGGAAGUGUGAUAUACCUAUUCUAUACUCCUGAAAAUAAACACUUUGAUGCCGUAUAUACUAAAGAUCAUAUUGAUAAUUCUGCCUACUGUCAAUCUCUGGUAUAUAAAAUACUCUAUGAUGGUGUGUACCAAAUGAAAGACUUGCCAUAUGCGAUUGACAAAAUGCUCCACGACAAAGCCGCUAACAACAGCCUAGAGUUCUUCAUGAGUGACGAACUCGAGAGACGUAAGAAACAGAAAGAUAGGGCCAAAAUAUUUAUCGAAGCCCCAUCCGACAAUAGAGAUAAGAAUAAUAAUACUCUAGCAUUAAAAUGUAAGCAUUAUACUGAAGAUAUAGAGAAGGAUAGCCUCUUGAAAGAGUCCCUGAGUAUAUUUGUGUUAAACCGCAGCUUGAUACAGCUAGAAAAUGUGUGCGUUCAGUGUUUGAACAUAAAUAGCGCUAAAGAUUUGCUAGACAACGGUAUAACGCCGUUCCCUUACAAAGUAGCCAAAGCCCUAGAUCCCGAUAUAUACCGUAACAUUGAAUUUGAUGUCUGGAGCGAAAUGAGAAGAGAGUUACGUUACGGCGCGCGGUAUUCCGACGGUAGUACUCUUCAAGUUGGUGUGAAAUGUCUGUGCAAGCUCACCCCCGAUCAGCCGGUGGCCUACCGCUGCCACAUCCAGGAGAUGCUCCCCGAACGAGGACCGUGCCUGGUCUUCAUCGAGGAGCUGGGAGAGAAGAAGACGGUUCUGUACGAGCAGCUCCAACCUCUGCCCGUGGAAGAGAUAAAACCCUGGGCACCACCGUACCGCUACUCCCAAGCCAAAUUCUUGAGCCAAAUGCUGCCGCAGCUAGGUAAUUUAGCACGGAAACAAAACUCGAAAGUGCGAAAGGCAAAGAUUGAGGAACAGGACAAGAAAAAACUGGAUUGGAAGGAAGAAAAAUCAGAGUUGUAUCCUCACUACGACCUAGUGAACUUUGAGACGAUGCCUGUUGACGUGAAAGCCCUGCCCCUGAUGGUGGACUGCCGGCCCGCGGGCGCUCCGCCCCACGACAUCGCACCGGCGCCGCCCCCGCCCAACGGCGCGCCCCCGGAGAACCAUCACGCUCAGCCCGGAGCGAGCGGUGACAUGGGUGGUCACGUGGUGCAGAACACCGGCAGAGCGACCACGCCCGCCGCGCCUCCCCCCGCGUAUGCCCCCGCCGGCGUACCGAACUGCGCGUACACGUGCGGCAAGUCGGUGGUGUGGUGCGCGCCCGCUCGGCCGCCCUACGCGCCGCCGUACGCGCCGCCGCCGCCGCCGCCCGCCGUCAAUGCGCACGCGCAGCGCUCCGUGCACCCGCACGCGGCCGACCUGCCCAUGAACGAUCUGGCGACGCUGCGUUACUUCUACAACGUGGGCGUGGAGUGUGUGUGGGCGACGUACGGCCCCCCGCCUCCUGCGCCGCCCCCCGUCCCGCACGUGCCGCCCGCGCCCUACAAUAACGCCGUACAACUUGCUCAUGACAUGCAGCAGAUGUCGCUAUCUGGGUCAGGACACGAGCACAAGCACAAGCCGGACACCAAGCCGCCGCCGCCCAAGACCGCGCAACGCCCGCUGCUCGGACCUAGGUUCAAACGUAAUAACCAGGAUGGUAAUCAAAAUAACAACCAUAACAACCACAACAAGGGACACAACAACGCACAAAACAACAAGGGUCCGAAUAACCGUUACAUUCCGCGCGGACCGGAUACCCGUCCGUACGAAGACGUAGUGGUUGAGACGCCGAUGAUGCCCGUGCCGUACCUGUACCCGCCGCCGCUCUACCCCGUGCCCUACUACCCCGUCGACGACAUGAUGAUGAUGCCCUACGUCUACGAGGAGGAGUACACCCCCUACCCGCCCUACCCGCCGCCGCUCAUGCCGCCGCCGCAGCUCCACCCCCAACAUCAUGAGCACAAGUGAACGGGUUGUGUAGACGCGACGAAGUAAAGGCUUCGUUGUGUAGACGCGAUGAAGUAAAGGCUUUGUCGUGAAGACGUAACGAAGUCGUUGAUUCGCCGUGAAAACGCAAUGAAGUCGCUGCCUUGCCGUGUUGACGCGACGAAGUAGUUGCUUCGCCAUGUUGACGCGACAAAGUUGUUGCUUCACCGUGUAAAUGCGACGAAGUCGUAGCUUCGACGUGUAAAUGCGAUGAAGUCGUAGCUUCGCCGUGUAGACGCGACGAAGUCGUUGUGUCGCCGUGUAGACGCGACGAAGUCAUUGCUUCGCCGUGUAGACGAGACGAAGUCGUUGCUUCGCCGUGUAGACGUGACGAAGACGUAGCUUCGUCGUGUAGAUACGACGAAGUCGUAGCUUUGUUUUGUCAAACUAUAAUCAAAACCUUGAGAUAAACAACAUUAUAUUGACACAAAAGUGCCAUAAAUUCAGUACGUGUCAUGGUUUUGACUACAGUACUAAGCAGCUUCGUCGCGCUAGCUAUAAACUAACGCGACAGAGCCUCGACAAAAUUCGUCAGAUUCUAGUUGCCACAAAGUGGCACGGAAACUAAGCCACGCCUACAAAAGCACAAACGCUAAAGAACAGGAUCAUGGACAAUUACAUAUUAUAUAGGUACCGUAUGUAUUGGUGGUCAAGUUGUCCACGUCUUAAGCGACUGGACAUUAGUCGAGGCUUUGCUCCACUAGUCGGCGCUUCACUCGCCAAAACCUUGUUCGUAGAUCAAUAUUCUUAUAACAAUCCCAUUCUAGUUUAUCAUGCGUGUCUAAACAAUUACACAAUUUUGUGACACCAUUUUUAAAACGUGUUUAUCUCAUAAAAAAGUAAAUAUAAAAACUACUCAGAAUGGACGUAACCAAGAUUUUCUAGUCUUAGAGCGAACAUCAAAUUCAACAUAAAAUUUUAAACAACCUGCAUAGUCUCGACGUACGAAUAAUAUUCUCGAGUUUCGUUAAUUAAGGCUGGUAUAAAUAGUCAGUACUCAAGAUGCAUCUCGGUCUCAA